ACCAGACCGCACCACCCCCUCCUCGUGCCCUCCGCCGCCGCCGCAGCAGCCUCCGCCUCGGCCUCGAGGCCUCCGCCGCUCCCCCCCGCGCGGCCAGGGCCCCAGAAGCUUCUGGAACACCCCGCCCCCCGCCGCAAUGCAGAGCGCGGCGGCCAUCGGGCUCAUCCGGCCAUGCGCCGCGCGGCCCAUCCUCAAGAGCCCCAGCCCCGGGGCCGCCCGCCUCCCGGCCUCCCGCGUGGCCCUCCGGCUCUCCGCCGCGGCGCCCCGCGCGCGCCUCGUGGCCGCGGCGGGGCUCGGCCGCAUCGGGCUCGUGCCGGCGUCGCCCGAGCAGGAGAAGAGGAGCGGCGGCCUCGUGGCCGCCGCGGCCGCCGGGAAGGCGGCGCCGGGCGAGGAGGCCGGGGAGGAAAGCGGAGCGGCGCUCGCCAAGACGCUCCAGCUCGGCGUCUUCUUCGGGCUCUGGUACCUCUUCAACAUCUACUUCAACAUCUACAACAAACAGGUCCUCAAGGUUUUUCCUUAUCCCAUUAACAUCACAACUGUUCAGUUUGCUGUUGGAACUACGAUUUCCUUGUUUAUGUGGGCCACGGGUAUCCUUAAAAGACCAAAGAUUUCCGGUGCACAGCUUCUUGCUAUCCUCCCUCUGGCUAUUGUCCAUACCAUGGGCAAUCUUUUCACCAACAUGAGCCUUGGGAAGGUUGCAGUGUCAUUCACACAUACAAUCAAGGCCAUGGAGCCUUUCUUCUCAGUUCUACUUUCUGCAAUGUUCCUUGGCGAGCUGCCUACUCCUUGGGUUGUUUUGUCUCUUCUUCCUAUUGUUGGUGGUGUGGCAUUGGCAUCUAUUUCUGAAGCUUCUUUUAACUGGGCUGGAUUUUUGAGUGCAAUGGCUUCAAAUGUGACCUUCCAGUCAAGGAAUGUCCUCAGCAAGAAGCUUAUGCUGAAGAAAGAGGCAUCUCUGGACAACAUCAAUCUCUUCUCGAUUAUUACAGUCAUGUCAUUCUUCCUCUUAGCCCCUGUAACCUUGUUGACAGAAGGUGUCAAGGUCACUCCUACUUUUCUGCAGUCUGCUGGUCUGAACCUACAACAAGUGUACACAAGGUCUUUGAUUGCGGCAUUCUGUUUCCAUGCAUACCAACAGGUGUCAUACAUGAUCCUCGCAAGGGUGUCACCAGUUACCCACUCGGUAGGUAACUGUGUCAAGCGUGUGGUGGUCAUUGUUACAUCCGUUCUGUUCUUCAAGACCCCCGUGUCCCCAAUCAACUCUAUCGGAACCGCGAUAGCUCUUGCGGGAGUUUUCCUGUACUCACAACUGAAGAGACUUCAGCCCAAGCCCAAGGCUGCUUGAUUGCAUUCCGUUUGUCAGGAUCAAUAGAGCGUUGCCACACUCAUGGAAUCGGUGCUUUAGUUUAGCCGGACAUAUUGGGAAGCCUUGUUGAGUAUAACUAGUACCGCGAAGGAUCAUUUGUAAUUCAGUAAUGAGCAUUUUGACCAGGAAAGUUUUGGAAUCUAUUUCAUGGUUCUCUACUUGGACGUUCUAGUUGCUACUUUAAUAAAACCUCUGCAGUUUGAUCGUGC